UAUCAUUCCGUUUCGAAACGACGUGGACGAGACACUGUCGAAUGAUGCUGCCGCUGCUGCUCAUCGUGGCCCUGCGCGCGCUGGGUGCGAUGGCCUUUCUGAAUCUCACGGGCGUCGGCAGCCUCAGCACGACGCUCGCAACGCACGACCCACUCUUCCUCCUCGCUUACGCAUCGUGGGAUACCAGUGCCAGGGCCCAGCUCGAGGCGUUUGCCGCGACGGCCCACGUGCUUCCCGCCAUUUCGUUUGGCGUCAUCGAUGUCGCCGUCGACAAAGCGGCGCUGCACGUAACAGGGUACCCGACGCUCGUCCUCUACAACGGGAGCGCCCCGCCGACCGAGUACUUUGGGGAUGUGUCGUCGAUCGCGAUGCAACAUUGGCUACUGCACGACGCACCUCUGCAGCUCGUGCGCACCCAAGACGAGUGGACAAAGCUGCAGCGAAAUCCCUCCACGCUGCUGCUGGCGAUCACAGCGUGUGAGGACGAUCCUCCGCGCGUCUUUAUCGAGACCUUGGCAAACGGCGUGGAUGGCAGCUUUGCGCUCACGUGCAACGCAUCGCUGGUGGCGGAUGUGAUUCCGCAGCCGGGGUCCCUCCCGGCACUCUGGCGGCUCGAUGCCACGGCCAUUGUGCCGGCCACCCCCUUCCUCGGACCCUGGUCGAUCCCAGACGUCCUCGCCUUCUACUCGGGGGCCACCUCGCCGUGGCUUCUGUCGUACAACCCGGCGGACGCAUUGCCGGUUGGUGCGCUGGCGUACGUGCUGAUCUUUACCGACAAAGACGCCUCGUGGCACAGUGCGUUGAUGCUGCAGCUGCACCUCGUCGCGUCGCGCCAGCAGCGGAUCUGUUACCUUGUCGUGACGGAUCAGAGUCUCGCGUUGGCCGGAUACUUUGGCGUCUCUGCUCGCCCCGGUCUCGUGUGGUACAUCGAUGCGAGUACGUUUCGCAGCCUCGAUCGCCAAGGUGCCGCGCUGGCUGCGCAACUGGAGCAAGAACCGACGGCCUUUCGCGACAGAGUGCUUCGGUUCCAGCAAAAGAACCUGCCAUCGGCGCUUGCCCACCAGAAAGCUGCCGUGGCGCCACCUGCACCCGUCGUACGCCGCCGCCUCGUCGCCCGGCGCGAGAUUGAUAGUGCGGCGAUGCUCUCCACGAUGCUCUCCACACUAGAGUGUGUCGUUGUUGUUUUUUAUUCGCCCCGGUGCCCGUCGUGUCACCGAGUAUUGCAGUGGCUUGACGACGUCGGUCGUGACACGCAUGACGUGGCAGGCCCUGCGCUCGCCACCUGGAACGUGGACCAUAUGGAGGCCCCCAACGUGCGGGAUCUGCUUGGCGACAAGGCUCACUUGCCACUCGUCCAACGCUUCUGCAAGGACGCGCCACCCGUUGCGUCGGCGCCGAUGACGUCGUAUGACGACUUCGUGCAUUUUAUUACAAGCACAGUAUAGACAUCCAGUUGGAUUGUCAAGUUCA